AUGGCAGACUCACAAAUGGAAGAAGAUAUCGUGCUCGAAGCACCAGCCCCAGAUGUCUUCAUCGCACCCUCAAUCAAACACGAACUCCUCCACUCCGGCGCAUCAUAUACAUACUACUCAGACGUCCCACCCUCACUCCUCCCAAAACCAAACCAAGACCCAAACGACGAGCCAGAACUAGGACCACCAUGCGCAUUAGGCGUCGACGAAGCAGGACGAGGUCCAGUCCUAGGCCCCAUGGUCUACGGCCUCUUCUACCUACCACUCCCAUUAUCCGACCCUCUCCUCCGCCAAACCCACCACUUCGACGACAGCAAAGUCCUCACGCCCACCGUCCGUUCUUCCCUCAUGGAAACGCUCUGCACGCCCUCCACAGACCUGUACACGCAGUGCGGCUGGGCCGUCGAAGUCAUGUCGGCGCGCGACAUCGGCGCGAACAUGAUGAAGCCGGCCGCGACGUAUAACCUGAAUGCGCAGGCGAUGGACGCGACGAUCAACUUGAUUCAUGGGGUCUACAGGCAGGGCGUUAAUGUGAAGGAGAUUUAUAUCGAUACGAUUGGGAAUCCCGCGACGUAUCAGAGGAAAUUGGAGAAGAUCUUUCCCACCGCGUUGGUUACGGUGGCGAAGAAGGCGGAUAGUUUGUAUCCGUGUGUGAGCGCUGCGAGUGUGUGUGCGAAGGUGACGAGGGAUGCGGCGUUGGAGGUUUUGUAUGAGAGUUAUCUUGAACCGAAGGAUGAGGAGGACGAGAUGGAGGUUGUAGAGCCGACUUGGGGAUCGGGAUAUCCGUCCGAUGCGAAGUGUACGACGUGGUUGAAGAGGAAUAUGGAUCCGGUUUUUGGGUGGGGGAGUGAGUGUCGGUUUAGUUGGGGCACGGUGAAGGAUAUGUUGGAUGCGAAGAACGUUGCGGCGAAGGUUGAGUGGCCGAUUGAUGGGGAUGAGGGACAGAGGUUGACGAGUUAUUUUGGGGAGGGGAAGGGGAGGGAUGGGGAUGAGUUGGGGGGAUGGUUUGGUCAAUCUGUGGAGGAGGUGUUUUGA